UUUAACAAAACUGAACAGUUUAGUUUUUAUAUAAGUAGUGGUCUUGAAGACCACGUUUUGCAUAUUCUUCCAACUUUGAAUUUCUUUUUGUUUUAAUAAAUUAGAAUGAGUUCGAAUUAUAAUUAAAAUCCUAACAAGUUGCAAAAUCGACUGAUAUAACUAACUCGUAGACAAAAAAAAAAAAAAAAAAGCACAAAAUUAGCUUAAAUGGGUUUGCACAGUUUUCAUAUGAGACAGAGAUAAAAGGACGUGCGACAUGCGACGUGCUCCUCCGGUUUCUCCACAACGUGUACAGGUUUUUCAUCAAAUUUCGAAACUGUCUUCCUAAAAAAUUCUUUUACCUUAAUCCCAAUAAUUAACCACCCCUCUUAAAAAAACACUACAACAAAUACAACCAACCGAUGAGGGAGAGAGAAGCCGGAGUAGGCAACAGCGGAGGCAAGUAGUCUUCAUACAUACUGUUGAUUUAUAACAGAUGGAGGGAGGCAAGUAUUCAUCAUACAUAGGACUCUUCACAGUUACAGUAAUACUACCAUUUCGAUUUCAACAAGUUGGUUUUCUUUUUUACAGUUUGUUCAGGAUUCAAUUUGAUGGGUUAUUUUCAUAAUCUGGCGAUUGGUUUACGGUUUGUGUUGUUCUUUUAAGAAUUUUGAAGGUUCCGAGUUUAUUUUUGGGUAAUUUUGCUUCUGGGUUUAUCUCAGUUCAACUUCAUCAAGUUAGUUUUCCUCUUUACAGUUUGUUCAAGGUUCAAUUCUUAUGGGGUAUUAUUCAAAUUUAUGCUAAUAGGUUGAGUGUUUCUGUUGUUUUUAAUUUUGGCAUUUUGAAGAGAGAUGUUGGGAGAACUCAUCACCAGCAGUUUAGUGUAUGUGAUUCUAAUUUUAGGAAUCUUUGCAGGGCUGAUGUUUUAGAGAAUUGAAGGCUGAAACGCAAGGUAAUGGUGUGCAUCUGAGUGAAGCUUGAAUACAAGGUUUAACUAAUCAGUUUUGCGUCUUCAUAUGAUUCUUUUGGAAUCUGCUAUCAGGAAAAAAAAGAGAUGAAAAAAUGUGUAGAAAUAGCAUAUCAAUCCUUUUUAAUCGAGAAUUAUCUACUUUUUACUUUAGUGACAAUUUAUUUUCUCGAUUGUUUGGCUACUUAACUCACAUGUUGCUGUGGUGUAUUUCGAGUGCUUUUUGUGAUUGUUUCAGCUUCUCCCAUGUUGUUAUGGACGCUUCUCCGGCGGAUUAUGUUUUUGGAUUCAUCAUCGACAAUUGGCAUAUGUAUUUGCUUGGACAAGGCGAUUGGAUUACGAACUGUAUGACCUCUUUACUAGGUCGUGGACCUGGUUGGCAUUUGACCCAUCCAAAUGAUUGGAAAAAGCAUGGCAGGGGAAAACCUGCCUCAAGUGUUAGUACGGGUGUUCUUGAUCUCGGCAAGGAAAAGUCUGCUGCUAAACCUCCAGGAAAGCCGUCUAUUCAGUCUAAGACAAUUGUCAUCCCUGACUUAAGACCAGUAGACACUAUUACUCCUAUUUUUGAGACUAGAACUAACAGAUGGAUCUGUUAUCAACCAGGGGAAAUUUUUAAAUUUCAAUGCAUUUUGUCGAAAGAAGGCAACUAAUUCAAUGUGCGUUUCAAACUUUGUAUUGUAUUCUUUCCGCCAAAGUUCAUGUUCUUGGAGAGUUCGCUUCACCUUAAAUCUCAAAGGUCUACUCUUGGCCAGUCCCCCGCUACCCAAGAUAAAAUGUUUGUUCAAAUUCUUUUUUGAAUUUUCAACUAAGGAAUUGUUUGACUGCUAAUUUUAUGCUUUGGUUUCUGGGGUGCACGGGGCUUUCUAAUGAAUAUAAAGCAGUCACCAUUGACAAAGGAGAACAGUUCACUUCAGGUAUUUUUUGAUUUUUUGCUAGAAUCCGCCUAGAAUUAUGCUAAUAAAGAUAACAGAUGGCUUAUUAUUUGCAUGCUAUUAUACCAACAUGGUGCUUUGGGCUUAACUUUUUUCUUCAUUUUUACUUUUUGGGAUGGCAAGCCAAUAGAGAAGGUAAUAUUUCAUUCUUUGAUAGCUUAUACUAAAGUCUCCAGGGACACCAAUCAGCACCAUAAAUUUCACCAAUAAGUAUGCAGGUUUUUCUUUUUAAUUAUAUGGAGUAUAAGAGUAGGGGAAGGAGGAAUGGGGGAGGAGACUGAGCUGCUAGAUAUCCCUAGGGUAUGGGUCUCAUUGCUUUUGCCAUGGCCGAGUAUAUACUUCAUUUAUAUAAUUCAUGUAUUCACCCUUCUGGAUAUUAUACAAAGGUAGUAUCUUCUUCUCCCGUAAGGUGUCAAAUAACUUCCUUAUUUCCUUCUGAUUUUCAAGGAACUUCUACAUACAUAUAGAUUUUUCAUAAUAAAUAUGAAAAAUAUUCACAUCAUCUCUUGCAAAAUGAUUUUAAGUGCAACUAACAGAAGCGUUAAUAUACAUAUUAAUGUAGUAUGUUUCAACUUUUAUGAUCAUAAAAGUUUAUCUUUAAUCCGAGGUGAACUUGCACUUAAAUUUUUGAAUUAUACGAACGAAAAGUAUAACGACCCCCAACUUGCAUUCAAGAAAAUAUUUAUGAGUUGCUUUGGAGUUUUGCAGAAGCUGCGGCAAAUGUUAUGAGGCCAAAAGGCCCGUUGUUAUGUUUCAGGCUGAGGUGUCUGGUAUAUGCUUAAAUUUUACAAUUUCUAAGAGGAAAUGUCUGAGGUGUAAGUAUUUUGAGGAGACGGCGAAGAGAUAUUUUUUGCAAUAUCAAAAGUUCAACUUAGAGUUAUCUAUGUAUGAUAAUUUUGUGAAGCCAAUAAAGAGCUCGAUUGAGCUAUAAAUUCACAUAGUAUAAUUUUAUCUUCAGAAUUGUCAUUCAAUCGAAUGACAUAUUCAUAUUUCUGAAAAUAUUCUUUGAUUACAAAUAUUUGUUUCACUUAUUAAGAGAAAGAAGAAGCAUGUAUAGAAUGGUUGGAGAAGAUAAAUUUUCUUCAGUUGUAAUAAGUAUUUUGGAACUUUUUUCAUUAAAAAUAAUUGUUUCACUUAUUAAGACAUAUAAGGAGUGUGUAUAGAAUAGUUGGGAGAAAAUAAUUUGUUUUACCUUCUUAUGUUGAAAUGUAGCUAAUGUUCUUGGAUAUGGGAUGUUGAUUUUGUGUGUGUUCUGUAAUAUUUUGUUAUCCUCACUGUUUUUUGUACUUUUAAUUGAUUCUGCACCUUGCUUUUAAACUUCUAUAAAAGGAAGAGUGAGCUUUGGAGGAGGGCUCAUAA